GUUCGUUCUGAUGAUAUACGACGAGAAACAAGGAAAAAAACUGUGUGAUGAAGAAUGUGUGUGCGUUCACACGCAUACAAAGAAAAAAAAAAGGAAGGAUAUACACCCGAAUCGAGAAUGGCAGCACUAGUAUGGGAUUAAAACGCAAGCAGAGAGAGAGAGAGAGGAAGAGAUCGAAUGAGCAAGUAGCAGAUAGUCGAGUGUUCAUAUAUAUAUAUAUCACAAUGAAUACCUUUAUUCUCGUUCCCGUUCGUAAGCAUUCGAUUGAUAGCGAUAACAAAAUAAAUCAAUGAAAAGAAGAAGAAGAGUAACAACAACCUUCGAUUUUGACUUAAUGUCAAAUAUAAAGAUAUCCCUCUUCUUCUUCUUCUUCUUCUCCGAUCGAGUAGCAAUGGCGCUUGCACACGAGCAUUUACCUAUGUAUGUUACGAAACGAAUGUAAACAUAAAAUGUAACGAAGAGGAUACACCACCUUCUGAUGGAGCGUGCGAAAUUCGAUCUGCCAAAUGAUAACGGGCCGACGAGUAAUUUCUUCUGUGUUCUCUCAUCUCUUUCUUCUUUUGCUAUAGAAAAAAAAUAAAAAUAGAAAAGAUCUCUAGUUGCUGAUAAUGAUGGACGCUACUCUGUUUCUUUCUCUCCCCCUCUCUCUCUCUCUCUCGUUUUUUACGAUGAUUAUAGGUCAACUGCAUGUCAACAUCAAAUUGCUGCUGCCUGUCUGCUUUUUUUUUGUCAAAUAGAUCAUUUUCUCUCUCCUUCUCUGUUUCUCGUUUUUUUUCUUCCUUACAUUGAGAUAUACGGCAUUGUUAUGGGCGCAAAUAUCGAGCGACAAUGUUCAUUAGCUUAGUGCCAGAGAAAAGAAAGAAAGACAGACAAAUAUAUAUAUAUAUAUAUUUUAUAUAUAUAAAAAUAUAUAUAUAUAUGAGCGUUCUUCUCUCUACCUAUGUCCAUAUUUGUUACUGAUCGCGAGACUCACCUUCGUUCUCGUGCUCUAAUUAAUUGUAUGUGUGCACAGUACCUCUUCCGAUAGCAGUGGUACACUUGCUGUUUGUAUAUGCGUCGCACAUGUUGGCUUGUAAAAAAAGUAUCGAAAGUGUAAUAGUCAAACGAAACUCUCUUUCCUCCUUCUGUCUGCAUCUGCAGUCAGUCGCUAUAGCAAACAAUUGAAACUCUGUUACUCUCUAUUCUGCAGCUGCCAAUACUAUCAACAAGAAAACGACGCAAGAGCAAUAAGAAUAUGGAUAUUGAGAGAUUUUUUUGUUCGUUUUUCUCUCUCUAUCGACACUUUUUCAUCACUUUCAUCCGACCAGCAAGGAGCAGCAGCACUCUCGGCUUUUUUUACAUUACAUACAAUUCAGCUACAAACAUCAGUUUAAACAAAAGAAGAAGUGCAGUGCAUGUAAAGAAAGAAUUUCUCUCUUUAUGUUGUCAAUCGCCUAUAGCACACACACAGUCGAUAUUCCGGGAUUUGCCUUCUAGGCAAUGUUGUUUCUGGAAAAACGUAUCAGCAAUUAAGUGAGCAAGCAAGCGAACACAAAAAGAGAGAAAGAAGAAGAAGAGAGAAAGACAAAAAGACUAGUAUUUUUUUAUGCAGGUGUGAGCAGAUGGUGGUGAUCAUGAAAAAUGAAUGAACGUAGAUAUAUACACGUUCGAGCCGAUAUAUAAUCCUACGAACAGACGGUAGGUAUGUUCAAUAAAAAGAAAAGAAAGAUGCCCUAAAGGCAUACAUCUCGUCGGAGAAAAAGACGUAAAGGAUGAUAAUACGAACAAAGCAUAAAACGGUGCUUUCUCUUUCUCUCUCUCUCUCUGUCUCUCUGUCGGCUAAUAUUUGACUCGCCUUUCGCUCAUUUUUUUUUUAUUACAACACCAUCACCUCCAAUACACAGCAUAUGGGAAAACGAGAGAAAGAUCACUUAAUUAUGGACGAUGUUUACAAUGGUAUGCAAUGUUUGAGGAAAAAAGAAUCUGACAAGAAAAUUAAGACAACAUCAGAAAAGUUAGAAUAAGCAAUGUCUAUAGAAAUCUUUGUUAACUUAAAAUCACAAGCAACGCUUUUUUUUCUUAUUGAUAUUAAAAAAAAAUGCGAAAAAUGAUUCAUAAGAAUAUAUACAAUUAUUAUUGUCUUUUGAAAAUUCUAAAGUGACGUAAAUCAGAAAGAAAAUGCAAGGAGAAAAAGAAAAGAAGAAAAAUAAAACCCAUAAUUCUCUAUUGAUACCUUGAGAAGUAUAUAAAAAAAGAAAAACGUGUGAAAUUUCAAUGAUUUUUUUUCUUUUUUUAUAAUACACUUCAUAAUUCAAUCACAAUGCAAAUCGCAAUACAUACUGUAGUAUAUUUCAAAAGAAAUAUAUAUAAUAUUGAAGUUGCUUUCUCAUUUUUAAACUUACAACAUAAACUAAUAUCGAUAUGAUUCUAUUGAAGAAUACAAUCACAAUGUUUUACACCUUUUAAUUUAUGAUUGUUCAAUGAAAACUGACAAAUUACAUUGAUUUUUUUUAAAUAUUGUAUGAUUGAUAGAUGAUGAUUAUAUGUAAUACUAUCAAGCGUCAUUUAAUCAUUUCUCAUGACGAUUGAAAAUAACUAAUAUCGAGAUCGUACUAUAUAAGCCAAUGAAUAGAAAUACUUUACUAUUAUUAUAUGUAGAUAUACUUGAUUGAUAUUAUUGAAUAUUUUGUAAUCAAUCUCAUAGCAAAAAGAAAAGUAUUGAAUUAAAUCUAGUAGACAUAUAGAUUUCAAGUAAUAAUAUAACCAUGACAAAAUGAUGGUACUUGAGUAUGGAUCAUUGAUAAGAAUAUUAAUUCCGUAAAUACUAUUUGACAUGAAUAGAGAUUGAACAAAAAAAUGACUUGAUAUGAUGUUAAUGAAUAGAUAUUUUGAGAUUUCUUUUUUUUCUUAAAUGUAUGAAUUAUUGAAGAUCGAUAAAAGAAUUUAAAUUUUGAAUUUUAUUAUUUUAGGUGUUGGUUCUAUUGGUACAUUUCUUGAAGGACCAGUUAUUGCUUGGAUUGUUGCUCAAUAUGGUUGGUCAGCUAUGUUUACUUGUAUGAUUUUCUUAAGUAUUUUUGGUGCAUUAACAUCAUUUCGAGCUGCUCGUUAUCAACGUAUGAUCAAACUUUCAACAUCAUCAGUAUCAUCACUUGAACAAAUUAUUUCAUAA